AAAGACCAAGGCAUCCAGGAUUUCUAGCCCUCGACCUUUCCCCCGUUCAGCAGAAUGAACCAUUUUUGCCUCAUCAUCACCCUAUUUGUUGUAUUCCUGAGGCUCGUUAGCUGCGAUGAGAAUAGAACCGUGUUUGCAGACAACCGGACGCUGGAGUACAGGAGUCCGAACACAACGGAAGGAGAUUGGCAUGGCAAAAUUUGGCUGUGGUAUCCCGAUCCAAGAAACACUUGAACAAAGCGCCUCUGUUUCUCUGACAUUUCGUGGGACAUUUGCCCAGGCCUUCCUCCUCAGUGCCAACACAACAUCAAGCGCCGACAUUUUCAUGGACGGCAGAUACCAGACUACCAUAGAUACCUGGAGCAAUACUAGCUAUAGCAGCUGCUUGUACAAAUAUUGGAACUCGUCCAAGUUAACAGCGGCGGAUCACACAAUCACUGUUACUCACAGGAAAUUAAAUGGCAGCCAUCCAAACCUCGAAUUCGUGAAAUAUACAUACGUCUCCGCCCCUCGGAAAAAAGGCGGUCUAUCGCUUGGCGCCAAAAUAGGUAUUGGUAUUGGUAUCUCAGUGGCCCUCUCGAUCACAUGCGGGCGGGCGAGUCGUAAUAGUCGUAGAUGAGAGCGCUGCAGCGCGCGUGUGUGGAGGAGUAAUGUCAUUUGCCGCUUAUGUAGCAACCAAAGCAGUCUCGGUAAUGUGGAUUUCCACUGUUGAUUAAAGCGUUUCAAAGAUAAUAUUCCGGCUGAAGAUGGUGCUUGUCUGCCAGCA